AUGGUGAACAAAGAUGGCUUCGUGAUGGCAGGGCGGCGAUGGUCCGUGUUCGCUGUUGGCCUCUUUAUCUUACUGUGUAAACUUUGCCAAGGUAAGCAUGUAAUGAAUAGACUAACGACUUAGAUCUGUCGGGUAGAAAUCUGUCAUCUGUCGGACUAACAUUGAAAAGACUUGGAACUUUUGAGUAGCGCUCAUGAUGAAGGGAGUUUGCAUGCAUCAAACGUUACAGGGAUUUCUGUAUUUUUCCAGCAAAUAAAAACAGACUGUAGCGCCCGGCGACUUAAACAAAAGGUUUGCGCCAUGACGCGAACAUGUUAGUAAACACAAAUUCAGACCUAAAAAAAUACAUUGCUCUUCCUGGCAGCAAAUUCCAAAAAUAAAAAUUUGCUGUGAAAAUCAACUAUAAAACAUCCUGCAUAUGUAGAUUUCAGAGAACGUAUGGUGACGCACAUUAAUCUCGGCACAAGACAAUCUCGACUUGCAAAACACUUUUGGAAUUUUUAAACAAUAAGUAAAUUGUUGCUUGUGAUGUUACUCUGAGUGUGUAUCCACACCGGGCAGGCUUGAAAAAUAUGCCUGGCCACGGUGGGAAUCGAACCUAUAUACGACCUUUGGAAUACUAGCCCAAUGCUCUGCCAACUGAGCUACGCGGUCAGGUCGGUUCGACAACAAAUAUCAUGAUUAUUAGAUUACACUGAUAUCGAAGGAACUAGACUCAGUUCCGAAAUAUCGCAUCUCGAACCGACCUGACCGCGUAGCUCAGUUGGCAGAGCAUUGGGCUAGUAUUCCAAAGGUCGUAGGUUCGAUUCCCACCGUGGCCAGGCAUAUUUUUCAAGCCUACCCGGUGUGGAUACACACUCAGAGUAACAUCACAAGCAUCUUAUUCACCUGAGUACACUACACUAACACAACAAAUAUCAAUAAGUAAAUUACAUGGCAUUCCAGUAUAUAAGACGACAAAAAAUUUCCUGCAAGGUGUAUUUUUGGACAAUUUCCUGCGAAGAUAUUUUGUUGAAAAUUUCGGUGCUGCUGGCGCUGUCAGACAUCAGUGCAGUACUGUACAAGUUUUCCCCAUAUUAUCAUGCAGUUACAAUAUCAAUAUUUUGAAUAAUAUUGGAUAUAGUACAUACCUGGUACUUUCAGGCAGGCGAUCAAUUUCCAAGGGUCCACUAUAGCACUUCUAAGGGUAACUGCAUGGCCCCUAAAAGUAAAUACAGAAAUAUUGUUGUUGGAGUAGAUGUGUUUGGAUAAUCCAAGUGAUGAUAUAUCAUGCAUUUCUUAUACCUAACCAGGGAACGGUUGCGAAAAAUGCGACACUAGGUCCUCUGGCAGGAAGUGUUUAACACUGAGUCAUGUUUCCCCAGACAUUUCUUACAAAUCCUUCAUGAACCUUAGAAUUUACCGAUGCAAAAUUCCUACUGUGAUCACAGAAACUUUGAUAGUGUAAACCUGGCUUCAGAUGCUCAUCCCAGCCUACCAUGUCAACAUUCCCUGUGGAAGGAAACCGGAGGACCAAAAGAAAACCCACGAUUUUCGGCAGAGCGUUGACUGACUCUUUUCACACGACUGUUGUGUGUUCGCAGCGAGAGUCGAACCCAUGAUUUUAGACGUGAAAGGCGCUUGUUUUGACGAUUGCAGCAUCGUACUAAUGUAGAGUACUUGUAUACAAGCUUCUCUCUAAUUUCGUCUUUAGCAAAAAGAACGAUAUGUCUGCCACAGCCCAUAAGAAACGAUGUGUUGAUUAUUGGAGGUAUGGAUGCGGGGAAUUACAAGAGAUUGGGAAAGACAACAAAAGAUAUGAAGGAUUGUUUACGCAAAGCAUGUAACAGUCAACAAGGAAACAUCGCUUAUUUUUAUCAAAACAAUUGUUUCGCUGUUGUAUGCGCUAAAAUGCACUCGUGUGACUUGGAACCAUCAGAAAAUACAGGGGUGAAAACGUACGCGGCUCUUUACCGUAUCAUAGGUAAGCAUAUGCAUGGUUGAUAUAUAAUGGAAAACUUGCAUGUUAAUUAGACUAAAUUUUAAUAUAUAAGUAAAGAGAAGGGAAUCAAGCACCACAGCUAAAAAGAACAUAAUGAAAUUAGUAAAAUCGCCAAAUUUGGUUGCGAAAUGUUGUAAAGCUUGGAAAAUAUAGUCUCGCAAAGUUUGCCAAUUUUGAAUAUGUUUGUAUUACGUACGGAAAUUGUUACCAUUUUCGGCUCAAAAAUGGUAACAAUUGCCGCACGUAAUAAAAACAUAUACAAAAUAUGCAAACUUUGGAAGGCUAUAUUUUCCGUAUUUUACAACAUUUCGUAACCAAAUUUUGCAAUUUUACUAAUUUUAAUAAGUUCUUUACGGGAAUUUACUAGAUAAAAAAUUAGUCUAACAUGCAAGUUGUCCAUUGUAUAAGUCAAAGGUUUACAAACUCGCCAUCCGUAAAAAUCUGGAGAGUGAAAAGCAAAAUUGAAAACGACUAUCUCACUAUCUGACAACUGGUAAUUUUGUAACUCUAUAACAUGAAGUCUUAAAUAAAUAUGAUGACAGUAGAAACGAAAGCCCUGCGUUGGGAAAUUAGUAGUUCCUGACAAAGGGUCCUCGCUCGAAACAUCGAAGGUAAACCGAAGUACCAGGAGAAAGACAAAAUGGUUUUGGUAAAAAAGCAAACUAGAAAACCUUAGUCGGUAGAUACUAGGAGAUGAGGCAUGUACAUGCCACCAACAAUAUAUCGAUGAUUUUCGUGAUAACGGGCAUAAAAACGGAUCGCUGAUUAGGUGUAUUGCGAUGUUUCGAACGAAGACAGCGAAGGUCAUUCGUUAUAGGCAGUUCGGAGGGAGUCGAGAUACAGACGCCUGCUUUUGUAGCAAGUUAUUAAAUAGCACAUCUAUUCUCUUCAUUUCUUUUCUUUUCUUUUCUUUUGUUAGCUGCAUAUCCUGAAUUCACGAGCGCACGACACGUUAAUGUGCUAGAAGACGCGCCGUAUUUAAAAGAAGUGCUUCGGUUUGAAGCCACGGCAGAAAGCAGAACGAGGAAUAACGAAAUGAUGAGCUAUGAAAUAAUAAGAGGUAUUCUGUUACAGCUUAUUUUUAUAUAAAUAUAUUUUGAUUAUAUACCAAUAUUUAUGGGGAGUUAAUGACAUAGUGCAUGCAUGGUGAUUGCCAUUAUAAAUAGUUUAAUUGAGUUAUCCAUUAUAAAUAGUUAGUUUAAUUAGGAUCGUAUUGGACCUCUAGGAAGAACAGUUCAGAACUGACAGAGCUAUCCAUUAUAAAUAGUUAGUUUAAUUGGGCCCUUACUAGACUUCUAGGAAGAACAGUUUAGAAGUGAUAGAGUUAUCCAUUAUAAGUAGUUUAAUUGGGAUCGUAUUGGACCUCAAGGAAGAGGAGUUCAGAACAGACAGAGCUAUCCGUUAUAAAUUGAGUUAGUUUAAUUGGGCUCUUACUGAACCGCGAAAAAGAUCAGUUCAGAACUGAUAAAGUUAUCAAUUAUACUGAAUAAAUUUAGUCCUGCAGCAUGCUGUAGCACUGACCCAUUAAACUGUGCCCUUACUAGACCUCUAGGAAGAGCAAUUGAGAACUGAUAGACUUAUCACUAGAUAAAGUUAGUUUUGUUCAGUCAUUGACAAUCAGCAAUUCUCUCCUAGGCAAUCUUGAUAAAACAUUCCGUCUCUAUCCACUAACUUCAAACUGGGGUUCUACAAUUCGUUUACUCAAGACCCUCGACCGCGAGAACAUCUCUACAUAUAACCUAGAGAUUAGAGCAAAAAAUUUGAAAGAAAACGUCACCCGUGUGCUCAAUAUAUCCAUAAAUGUCCUCGAUGCCAAUGACAAUCCCCCAGAGUUCCUGAGAUCCCCAUUUGUAUUCAGCGUAUUCAGCAAUAUAUCUGUGGGUUCUCUGAUUGGUCGACUGGUUGCCAGGGACAACGACACUGGUCUACAAUCGAAACUGGAGUAUACUAUUAAAGGACAAUUUGAGCUUAUUACAUACAGCAAAGACACAGGCGAGGUUCGACUCGGAAAAAAACGAAAGGUAGACACGGUGGGAAAAAAUGACUAUGAUAUAACGGUCACAGAUGGACUGUACACGACUAAAGGCCGGUUAAGGGUUGUACUGUACCCAAAUAACAUCAAUCGGCCUGUCUUCGAGAAAACGUCGUUCGAAGUUCGGCUUAACGGGCAGGUACCGUUAGAUACCGAAGUUCAACGAGUAUCGGCAACCGAUCCCGAUUACGGGAAACUUGGCGAGUUGACGUAUGUGAUUUUAGAUGGAGAUGAUGAUGAGGUUUUUAUGGUAAACAAUGAGGGGGUUAUUAGGACUAGGGGUAAAAUCCCGUAUGAUAGUGAGGUCUAUAAUCUGACGAUUGGUGUUCAUGACAACGGCUACCCAGAACUUGAUGCGAUCAAGCCUGCCAAUGUGGUUGUAUUACUACAAUGGUUACGUUUCAAGCAGGAUAUUUAUGAGAUUACAGUUAAGGAGGAUUUAGGGCUGCUUGAGACCGUUUUCACAGCAAGUGCAUCGCUAUGGGUUGGAGGUAUUCAAGUUAUGGCUGGUCAGCGGAAGAGAUCUACGGGUGGAAUUAAUUAUUAUUUGGAGGAGGGACUGGAGAGAUUUACGAUGGAAGAAACGUCAGGAGUGAUUACACUACAUGAAGUAUUGGAUUAUGAAACGCACAAGGUUUAUAUGUAAGUUGAAAUCACAUAUUCACGCUUUUCAUCAGCGAUCAAGCAUUUCUGUUAUCAAAGUAGACUGUCUUUAUUCCAUUUCCAAUUUCCUCCAACACAGCAUCCAGGUAUUUAGUUCUCCGUCUUCCUUUAGAUCGUCGGCCUUAGACUUUUCAAAAAAGGCAUGCUUUCUCUAAUCCAUCUGGUAUUAUCAUACAAGUUCUUCACGAGCCUUCUCAUUUUUCACUCUCAUGCCCCGGUCAAACAAGAACAAGAGUUGCAUGAGAGUUGAUGAGAGUUGAGAAGCGAGAGUUUGCAUGAGAGUUUUCUCAACUCUCAUGCCCCGGUCAAACGAGAACAAGAGUUGCAUGAGAGUUGAUGAGAGUUGAGAAGCGAGAGUUUGCAUGAGAGUUUUCUCAACUCUCAUGCCCCGGUCAAACGAGAACAAGAGUUGCAUGAGAGUUGAUGAGAGUUGAGAAGCGAGAGUUUGCAUGAGAGUUUUCUCAACUCUCAUGCCCCGGUCAAACGAGAACAAGAGUUGCAUGAGAGUUGAUGACAGUUGAAAAGCGAGAGUUUGCAUGAGAGUUUUCUCAACUCUCAUGUCCCGGUCAAACGAGAAAAGAGUUGCAUGAGAGCUGAUGAGAGUUGAUGAAACUGUAUGAGAGUCGAUGAGAGUUGGUGGACAAUUACGUGAGUGAGAGGUUGCAACUCUCAACAACUCAUCCUCGUUUGACCGUGGCUUUAACGUCCAGGAAUUCCUCAUCAUUUAUCGCAUUCCACAUCUAAGCUACGCUAACCGUUUCUAAAAAUCUUUAAACAGAUUGGCGGUGAAAGCAGAUUAUGAAAGUGCGGACUCGACAUCCAUAACAACCGUCUUGUCAGGUAAGAAAAAGAAACUUCUAUAUAACUUUAAAAUAAUAUUAAUGAUAAUAAUUCAUGUAGAAAAUUCAAAAGAAAUGAAUGUUUAAUCAAUGUUUGUAAAUCGGAUAAAGAUUUGUCCUGAUUUACAUAAACUUCAGCUUUGAUUUUCUCGGCUUAGACAAUGUUUAUUUUUAAAAUUACUUCGUCAAUGAAUGAAGAUGGGUCGUUUUAAGCCCGUUAAAACAUUCGCAUCCCCUUGUAUAUCAGAUAAAGAUCGCCUGCUCAUGUUUUAACUAGAACAUAAAAAAUGCCACAUCUGAAACAAGAUGGACUACAUAUUUUCUCUCAGAAAUAAUUUAGAAGUCAUUCUGCAGAGCAUUAAAGAAACGACAAAUACUAUCAUUUCAAAAUACAACUUCAGACGAGUCAUGAAGCUAGGCAACUAUAACUAUUGUAAUAAUAAAGAAGAACCAUCUCUUACUAUUCUUUUCAUUCCCUGUCUUCUAGCCAAAGCGAUACUUCGCGUGGAGAUACUAGACGUCAAUGACAACCAUCCCAAAUUCUCACAACUUCAUUACACUCAAGACGUGUGGAAAUCAUCCAUUAUUAACUCGCCAGUUCUCAAAAUUAAUGCGACGGACCCGGACGAAGGUCGCAACGGUCUGGUCCACUUCGAAGCAGUUUCUGGGAAUUUCAAUGAGACCUUUUCAUUUGAACCCGAUGGGAUUGUGUUUCUGAAGAAAUCUUUAAUACACAGCGAGGUUAGAAUAAAACAUAUACAGAGAUGAAGGCUUUUCUUUCCUAAACAUUGCCGUAUAUUUACAGGAUAUUACUGAAACUUUUAUUAUAACAACAAUACAGUCUGUUUUGCGUUAAGAUAUUGUGAAACACAAACAACUAGUCGGCUAGUCCACCGGACAUGUGACACAUUAAAACGGAAUUACAGUUAACUUCUUUUGUGAUGUAAACUGCUCUCUGUUGUAUAUUGUCUGACGAUCCUUGCGCCACAUACUAAACAGACAAUGGAAACCUCGUCAAAACAAAUCGACCAACCAUUAAUAGACAAUGUGACCUAUAUAAACAAGAACACUACAAACACGCAGAUACUCCUGCAUCAAGCUAUCAACCGCAUGACUCCGUAUUCCACAAAUCGAACUCCGGACACGUGCACAUAAUUACCACUCUCUCACCAACACUUCAUAAUUUUUACCCUCUUUAGCAAUCGACAUUCAACAUCACUGUGGCAGCAUGGGACAGCGGUGAACCAGAACCAAUGAGAUCAGAGAGAACUGCCAGCAUUAUCAUCAAUGUCCGUGGCUACAUGCCCAAGUCACCAAAAUUUGCCAGAGACUCGUACACCUUGCUGAUGUCAGAAGGCGUGGACAUUGGUUUCCCCAUAUAUCAAGUGAACGCAAGUGUCCCAGACAAGCGAUGGAAGGUUACGUAUUGGUUUAGAAACUUGGACGGGAAGAUGCCGUUCCGCGUAGACCCUGGAACCGGGUGGAUAUACACCACAAAAAGACUGGAUCGAGAAGAGAAAGAUAUGUACUUGCUGCCUUAUAUGGCAAGUGCAGGUAAGGAUGGACUCACACCCUGGCUUGCGAGGUUGGGACGGGCAAAAGCCAGAUAGAUAUAAUCCUUUCAUUGAAAAGUCAGGCUUUCCUUUUUGACGAUUAAACAGCCAAAAUAUUUUGGAAACAAACCAGUAAUUCUGGUUGUUUGGACACAAACAGGAGCUUAUUUGAAUGACAGAUACCAGCUCAACCUUUUUGAUUGCAAGUUUUGAAGACACACGUGCACCUGGCUGUAUAUACUCACGCUGGAGGCAACGUGCUUUUCGGUGGUGUAUGAAGCAUCAGACUUUGAUGCGAGAGGUCGUGGGUUUAAAUUCCGGCAGACCUACAGUGCUGCAAAUGGUCAGAAUUUUACAUCUUAGGAUAAUCGUCUCGGAUAAGGGCGUUAAAUCGUAUGCCCUCAGAGAAUAUUUUCAGUAAUUUAACGUUGUACAAACACAAUGCAUUCAAUUUCAAGUUUCAGGAAAACUCGAUAUUUUACAUUAAAUGUGUUGUUGACUGAGAAAUAUAGUCGAUAAAUAUCUCGCUGUAUCUAUUUCUAGACCUAGGUCGGACAUCUCUGACAACGAUGGUAAAUGUAACAAUCCGAUUGGGGGAUGAGAACGACAAUAGACCAACAUUCUCUCGUUCUUACUACUCGACCGUGGUGACGUCACACGAACUGGGAAUGAGUGUUCUAACUGUUCAAGCGAUAGACAAAGAUGACGGAGAGAAUGGGAGAGUUACGUAUGGCAUGGUCAAGGGACAAGAUAAACAUUACUUCACCAUUCAUAGCAGGUUAGAUUGAAGAAAUUAGCAAAACCAGCUCUAUUCAUACUGGAUAACUAGGCGUAAGAAAUUUUAACCAUAUUUUUUUCCAUUCGUUUUAAGGACUGGUGAAAUUAAAACUAGAGAGCAUUUACCUGCAACAUCCUUGCUGGCACUGAAGAUCCACAUUUCAGCCAAAGACCAUGGAACUCCAUUAUUAUUUUCCUCGAAACCCGUUCCUGUGUUCGUCUUCAUUGGCUCGACAUUUCCCAUCUCUGUGGAGACGCUGGAACGAACCACAUCAACAAUAAAAUUGAGGUUUACCAUGAUUAAUGUCAGUUUGGCAGAUAUCAGUCAUAUUGGAGUCGUUGUACAGGGAGAUGAAAGCAUAGCUGACUGUAAGUACAGACUGGGUAUACACUCGAACCCCUAUUAAAGUGCGACAGACCCCAAAUAUAAUUUUUGGUAUGUGUAAUAUUUGGGUCAUUCUAAGAAGAAAUGUAAUAUAUCUUUAUAGUAAAAAACCUCAUCUUGAUCAACUUUUUCACUGUCAAAGUUUCCGGAUAGGAUGUAAUCAGGUGAAUUUUUGGUACAAAAGACAAAGGAAAACUUAUUUUCAAUUCACCUAAUGACAUCGUAUCUGGGAACAUUGAUAGUGAAAAAGUUGAUCAAGAUGGGAUUUUUUGUUUUAAAGAUAUAUUACAUUUCUUCGUCGAAUGACCUAAAUAUUACACAUACCAAAAAUGAUAUCAGAGGUUAGUCGCACUUUAAGCGAACACCUUCGGGACCUCGCGAAUGUGUCCGCUUUGAAGGGUAUGCUCAAGAGAGGUGUCGUUAAUAUGGGUUCGACUGCAGAUGGGUUUACUAAAUAUACUAAGCAGAUGAUUAGUACUAUGCCUCCAAAAUCCUGAUGUUUACCCCAUUAUAUAUUGAACUAUAAAGAAACUGGAAGGCUAUAAUUGCUAUGAUGAAGGCCUAUGAUUUGUUGAAGCCAAAAUAGUUUUUCUGAGUUAUGAGCAGAAAUACUUGAUCCCAAACGUUUGACUAUAUAUCAAACUGGAGCUAUUGAAAAUUACUAUUCGGUGUGGAAAUUUCAAGACUUCGGAAAAAAAUAUUUUAAAUACAAAAACAACUGCCAUUCGGCCAAAAAAUGGAAAAUUAUCGGCAAUUAUUUUUGUAGUUUUUAAAUAUUUCCCUUUUAGCUAAAGUCUUGAAAUUUCUACACCAAAUAGCGUUUUUCAAUAGCUUCAGUUUCAUAUACAGCACAACGUUCAGUGUUGAGUAUUUCUGCUCAUAACUCAGAAAAACUAAAAUGCACUGGCCUCAAUCCCCCGAGUUAGCCUUCCAGUUUACUUAUAGUUCAAUGAUUUACCCUUAUACCUUACAUUGGCAACACCUUAGUAUAUAUAGAGUAUAUACAUGAAGUUGUGGUUAGAGCUCGACAACUGGUCUCUGUAGCUCAGUUGGUUAGAGCGCUGCACCGGAAUCGCAGGGUUGCAGGUUCGAUUUCUACGAGAGGACCUAGUGUUUCAUUUUUCCUGGUUAGGUCUACCCGAUAACACUCAAUCAAUAAUUUUGCAGACAAAGAGGUGACGAAGCGCGAUAUAGUAUCGUGGCAUUACGUCAACACUGGGCAAGAUAACGGUGCUUAUGCACAGCGGUAUAUGACAGGAAAGGUCACGUGCACACCGCAAAUAAGGAUGAAGAAAACGUUCGACUUUACAGUGGGCUCAGAUGGUGAUAAAUGUAUCAAAACUAAGGAGAAAUUUUGUAAUGGAAAAUUGCAAGCAAAAAAAAAUUACAGGUUGGUUUUACGAUUACGGUCUCUAUAUUGCAAAUUUACAUGUGGGUUCGCUAGAAACGCUCAAUUUUGGUACCCGUACCAUUUUCAUCCGUACUUGGACUACCUAUUUAAAAUUUUAUCCACGCCGAAAACACGCAAAAAUCUCGCAUGAGCGCAUCUUGUAGCAAGUGUGCCAACAAGCCGUCAACAAGUUGUGUUCGCAAUGCUUGUCCCAAGUUGUCAACAAAUAUGGGAUAACUUGUAACAGUUGUAACAACUUUGUUGAUGUUAUCAGACUUGUUACAAGGUUGUUCCAACAAGUUCGAUACAGUCAUGAAUCAUGAUAUAACAAUAUUGUUACAACCUUGUGUCGUCAACCUUGUAACAUUCUUUUUAUAUCAUGACUGCAUGUAUCAAACGUGUUAGAACAACCUUGUAAUAACUCUGAUAAUGCCAUCAAGCUUGUUACAAGUUUGUUCCAAACUCGUUACAACAACUGGGAGCAACCUGUUUUGUAACAACUUGUUUGCAGACCUGUAAUCGUAACACCUUGUGCGUUACAUGUGUAUACCAAAAAUUGAGCGUAGUAGAAUGUACGUACGUACCACUCCACAUGUUCAUUUGUGAACUGAAACUUAUUUUGCAUAGAUUUCAACUGGUCGCAUAUUUCAAGAACGGAACAUCGCCAGAAAAUGUAUCAAGCAUCGAAAGCAAUAUAACAGAACCGUGUCAAACAGGUAUAAUGUGGUGAUAAUUCGUAUAUGCCUAGUAAAGCCUAGUAUCCUUUGUUCUCGUGUACCCCCCCCCCCUGGCAGAAUAUGCUUGCACAGUAGUGUCAAAAAUGCAUGCAAAUUGCAAACUGGGUAGCAAUGCCUUAAACAUUCAACCGUGAGCUAAUUCUCUCUAAUCUUCUCUCCUAGGCGCAAAAAAUGCUAAACAGACUGCGGGAUUUCGCAGUUGGCAUUAUGACGUCAUUGUUAUUGUACUUGGCGUAAUCGUGGGUAUCAUUAUCCUGGCGACCAUUAUCAGAGCAUUCAUGUUGUACCGUAGAGAUAAGUUUAGGUUAGUAUGGAAAUAAUCGCAACGGGGCCGGUUGUUCAAGGACUUCAAAGCCCGAUUAGCGCUAACCCUGGGUUAAAUUUUAACCUGCUGUUUUUGUUUAUGUAUUUCUGAUUCGUUUCAAAACUUUAGAAAAUAAAACCUCUAUUGAACCAGAAAAGAUUUCUGGAAAAACAUAUUCAACUUGAUUGAUGAGCUGUUGGAAAAUUUAAUUUGUAGAUUUGUGUUAUUAACCCAGGGUUAUAGGCUUUUGAACAACCGACCCCGGAGUACUUAUAUAUAAACAUGCAAUAUACUGAAGAAGUGGCAUUAACAAAAAGAAUCUUUUCACUUCAAAUUGUAUAAAUAUCGCUUGCAAUCCUGUCAACAUUCCCUGUGGGAGGAAAGCGGAGCACCCGGAGAAAACCCACAACUUUCGACAGAGCGUUCACCGACUCUUUUCACAUGAGUCAGUAGCGAGAAUCGAACCCCAAGUUCUCAAACGUGAAAGGCGCUUGCUGUGACGACACGUCACCGAACCCCCUAACAUUCACUUAACCACGAAUGCCGUUUUUUCCAUUCGAAGGGCUUGAAUAAACCAAACUCUGUUUCUGUUCUUACUUUGUUCAACAUGCAUAUUCAGAACAUAUUGGAUAACACGAGUUGUAUCUUCUUUUGACUGCAUUGCGUUUAGAAUGAAAAACGACGAAACGAAAGGGGGUAUAUCAUAUCCACUGAGUAAUCCCCGUUAUCGACGAUCAGGGACUCCACGGAGUUCAAGAUCAACUAUGUCUUUUACCGAACUAAGGUAAGUCACAAAUCGGUAAAAAGGCAUAUAUAUAAAGUUUUUUUCUCAGUUAAGAAAGCUUUAAACUCAUUAUAUGUUUGUACUCUGUCUUUCCCUAGUAAAUCCAGAAAACUUGACAAAAAGGAUAAAAUGAGCCCAUGUGACACAGGUAAGAAAACGAUCGUUAGAACUUAUGCGAUAUUGCGAUCAACUUUGAACUGGUUCAAAUUUUGAGAGUUGACACUCAAUUGUCAACUCUCGUCAAUUAUAAUGCAAUUCUUGAUCUCGUUUGACCGGGGCACGAGAGUUGAAAAAACUCUCAUGCAAACUCUCACUUCUCAACUCUCAUCAACUCUCAUGAAACUCUUGUUCUCGUUUGACCGGGGCAUGAGAGUUGAAAAAACUCUCAUGCACACUCUCGCUUCUCAUCUCUCAUCAACUCUCAUGCAUCUCUUGUUCUUGUUUGACCGGGACACGAGAGUUGAGAAAACUCUCAUGCAAACUCUCGCUACUCAACUCUCAACUCUCAUGCAACUCUUGUUCUCGUUUGACCGGGGCACGAGAGUUGAGAAAACUCUCGUGCAAACUCUCACUUCUCAACUCUCAUCAACUCUCAUGCAACUCUUGUUCUCGUUUGACCGGGGCACGAGAGUUGAAAAAACUCUCAUGCAACUCUCGCUUCUCAACUCUCAUCAACUCUCAUGCAACUCUUGUUCUCGUUUGACCGGGGCACGAGAGUUGAAAAAACUCUCAUGCAAACUCUCGCUUCUCAACUCUCAUCAACUCUCAUGCAACUCUUGUUCUCGUUUGACCGGGGCACGAGAGUUGAGAAAACUCUCAUGCAACUCUCGCUUCUCAACUGUCAUUCUCGUGUGACCAGCGAAUAAGUCAUGAAAAUAUAACCAUAAAUUCUGGCACAAGAUUUUCUAGCGAUGACCUCAAUAUCUCGAUUCGAGAAGCACGUGCUAGUUCUAAAAGGUUAAAAUAUACUUAUAAACCAACAAAUUUAUAACAUAAAACAAUAUUCAACAUAUGGAUAUAAAAUUAACUAACAACUUAAAUUCAUAAAUCAUAAUACAUAUAUGGUUAACUUGGCAUAAAUCUAAAGCUUCACUGUAAAACUAAUCCAUUAAUUUGUCCACCAUUAGAAAAACUUCCCAUGACCGAGGGAGAAGGCAUAUCACGUGACUCAGGCUGUGGUGUGUCAGUCAAAUCAUCAAACUCAGAUAUACAUCACAGGGGAAGAAGUUCAAUACGGAGGGCAUUUUUCUCGUUUGGAAAAACCAAAAAAGGUGGAAUAAACUAAAGUUUUUAACAGUUAAAAUAAUUAUAAUAAACAUAAUAUAAAACACUGUAAAAUCCACUCAUAACUAAACAUUAAAACUAUCUUGGAACUUAAAAGAUAAAACUAAACUUAUAAGUUCUUUGUAUGUUUGCAUGGCGAUAAAACAUAUAAUAGUUUUGUUUGUGGUAACACCACGUAAAUUUAUUACUGCAAAGCUUUCGAUCCGUAAGCCCGGAUCUUCAUCAGUGCUAAUAAUAUGUGCACAUAUUAUUAGCACUGAUGAAGAUCCGGACUUACGGAUCGAAAGCUUUGCAGUAAUAAAUUUACGUGGUGUUUCCACAAACAAAACUAUUAAAACUAAACUUAUAAAGAACUAACUUCGUCGAGACAAUGAUAUAUAGCUCUAUCAGUUCUUUGCUCUGCCUGUUCUGAACUUUCUGCCAAUAGGUCCAGUAAGGGUCACCUCUCGUUGAUCCAGUGUUACAACAGGAGGAAUCCAGAAUGUCCAGAGAAAACCAGCAUUGUUUGCAUACUGGAAACGCUGUAGAAGUCAGGGAGCCAAUGGAGCGACUAUACCUCCAUAAUCUGAGGACAAGCUCCACUUAUUCAAAGUGUGCGCUUCAAAACGUAUUUGAAUUUAUUUUAAACUAGUAGUAAACAUACACUUUAUAAUACUUCUUAUGUAUUCAGGUGAAUAUGUUGUUUGUGGUUUACUCUGAGUGUGCAUCCACACCGGGCAAGCUGAAAAGAUUGCCUGACCACGGUGGGAAUCGAACCCGCGACCUUUGGGAUGCUAGUCUAAUGCUCUAUCAACUGAGCUACGAGUUCCACUCAGUUCCGAAAUAUCACCAACACCACUUGGUACCUCGUAGCUCAGUUGGUACCUCGUAGCUCAGUUGGUACCUCGUAGCUCAGUUGGUAGAGCAUUGGACAGGUAUCCCAAAGGUCGCGGGUUCGAUCCCCACCGUGGUCAAGCAAACUUUUCAGCUUGCCCAGUGUGAAUGCACACUCAGAGUAACAUCACAAACAAUAUACUUUAUAAGUCUUAAGAGUAAUUCCAAUAGGUAAUAUAUUUGUAUUGUACGUAGCAUGCCCCACACGCAUUAGUAUAGGUAAUCAUGCGAUGGCGAGUACAAUUAGGAAUUAAUAGUACGAGUGCAGAUGUUUGGAAGGCGGGGUGAGUCCAAUUUUGGCAAAAUUUCCAAACAUCUGCACUCGUACUAUUAAUCCCUAAUUGUACGAGCAACAUCGCAUGAUUACUUGUUUAUUAUUAGCAUAUGACAAAAUUGGAUACUUCUCCGUCAACAUCAUAUUCUCUCGCCAAAACCCAGUCCUGCCAGACUUUCAACCAAAAUUUGGUACUUUUGUUCGUAUGUUAAUUUAGUUCUUUUGUUAAAGCAAAAUUUGGUGCUUUUGUUCGUAUUUUCAUCUAGCUCCUCAAGGGCAAUUUCACUUCACAUUUGUGUUCAAAAUACCUAUUUUAUUUGUUUCGGGAAAAUCAUUAAUUGUACUGCAGUACAAUUAAUGAAAUAAUUGUACUCCUCUCAACCAAUCAGCAUCCAGCAAUUUUGUCAUGCUAAUAAUACCUGUAACUUCACCCCGUUGAAAAUUGAAAUAAUUUGUUUUAAUUGUAUUGUAUUGUAUUGUAGUUGAACUAAGAAUUCUGACAUUAACUCAUGCAGUGGCUGACAAUUUCAAAAAUCAUGAAACUAAACAACUAGUUGUCUAAGCCAGGCUCUGACAUUUCAAAGAUUAGUUGCCCCCCACAGAAAUAAAAUCUAGGAGCACCCUCUACAAUGUGACUGAGGCAAACAUAUAUAUGUUCAUGGUGAAAGGAACUGUGCCACCUUCAAUAUAAAAAACUUGCUAAAUGAUAAUCUGUUUGAAAUAUUGUAAAUUUAGUAUUAAAUUUGCGUUUUGUUAAAUGUAGACGAAGAGCAACAACAAGAUGAGCCCGAGGAAGAUGGAUCAGAUAAAGAGAUGGAGACAGAGCUAAAUACUUGAUGACUGCUUUGACAUGAAAUAUGGAAUGGCAAGGGAGGCUUCCACUGUGAAGGAUUGGGUCCAGCUCUUUACCAACUGAACAUUCCGAGAUGGUAAAGUACAACCAGAAGAUUUAUUGAAAGUCAAACCAAGAUCCCAUGGAAAUAACCUGAUGUACACUUUAGUACAGAACACUGAAAAACAGUUCUAAAGGAAAAACAGUCCAAUCACCAGCUUAGUGUUACCAGUAAUUUGGUUUUCAUAAAAAUUAUAACUGUCCACACCCAUAAGUAUUGAGGUUUGAUAUUCAAACUAACAUUAUACACAAUAUUUUUGACUGAUGUGAAAUGUAAUCAUAUAAAUAUAAAUACACAUGUUGGCGGAUGGCAGUAUUUAUAAAGACUGCAAUUAGGGAUAAUUAAAAAUGAAAUGAAAUCAUGUUAAAUAAUUUAGCUACUAUAGUAUUGAAAACACUUUUAUAGCUGCUACAUGUUAAUCGCUGGCAAAGCUGUUUUAUAUGGUAAAUAUUGAAU